UCAAACGAAUUAUUUUUGGUCACAGAAUACGUGAUUUAAUUUAUGACCUGUAUUUUUGUUACACCCUGUAGUUUCCGGUUACUGUUGAUGUAAAAUAGUUAGGGAGUCAGGAAUUCAACAGUUCAGAAUUUCCCACUGAAUUUCCUAUACCCGUUUAAUGAUUCACCACCCUGUAUAGGUGUUUUACUUCAAAGCCAGACAUAUUCUAUUUUUAGUUAUAAGCAAAACAACCAGUUUUAAAGGCAGAUUCAAAAAAUGUCUUUCUGGCAAAACCCUACGGGUUUUUCCAUCCACUCCUUCUCCACCUCUUCUUAUAUACGUAUCAGAAAGGUAGACAAUGAACAUUAUCGACUUUAAGAAGUUAACCAAAACAAUGUCGAUCUGGUCAGUAAAUUGUUUGAUAUUAAUAACAAUGGUUUUCGUUGUUACACAAAUACAGCCACAAGUCAACGUCGAAGCAGCUAAGAUAGAUCGUGAGUAUUGUCUUAAUUUGUGUGCCACGGCAUUUUUUAUUUGUCCACCAUUAAAUUGCACAAGUAAUCAAUUUAUACAGAGCAUACCAGAACGUUGUAGAUGUUGUGCGGGAUGUUAUACGAGAUUAGGUGAAGGAGACAAGUGUGGAGAUGAUGACGAAGCUCUUUGUGACCGCGGAUUAAUAUGCAAAGAAAAUGUGUGCCGGAAGUUUGAAGCCCAGCCUUUGUAAAGCUCUUUGUAAAGCACGUUUUAUAUACCCAACGAAUAAAAUAUGUCUAAAUAAUUUUUAAUAAAUAAUAUUUUGUACGUA